AUGUCACAUAAAGUUGGCGUUUUGGAUGUCACUUCAGCGGAUUUUGAUGUGGACGCAUAUUUGAGCUCACAGCUCAAGGAGAAGAACCUUGAUGAACUCGUCAAGGAGGAAGAAGAAAUGGUUUCCUCAGUCAGGCGCUUAGACUCUGAUGUUCACCAACUAGUCUACGAAAACUACAACAAAUUCUUGACAGCGACGAGCACUGUGAGAAAGAUUCAAGACGAAUUCAACCUUCUGGACAGUGAAAUGGAAUCUCUAAGUAGAAAUAUGAAAAAUAUUUCUGGUUUGAUUGGCGAAUUAAGUGGUGUCCUUGGAGGAGGACGAGAAGGUGUGGCACAACUGGGAAGCUCCUAUAAAGUCGUGAAGAGUUUGCAGUCUCUCUUCGAUCUGCCUAACAUUCUUCAG